AUGAGUGAUCCCCAACGUUCGGUGAGCGACUCUCCACAUUCUCCACGAGGCAGACGACAGCGGCCAGAAUAUCGCAGCCAAUUUGACAUCGCCAUUGUGUGCGCCUUACCACUCGAGUACGAUGCUGUCACCCUCCUAGUUGAUGAGUUUUGGGAUGAAACUGGGGACUCUUAUGGCAGAGCUGUUGGAGAUAGUAAUAGUUACACGACUGGUCGCAUAGGAACUCAUAAUGUCGUUGUUGCGCUGCUGCCUGGCAUGGGAAAAGUGAAUGCUGCCGUUGCCGUAGGGGGCCUCCGUUCAAGCUACACUGAUAUAAAGCUGGUCCUCCUAGUCGGCAUAUGCGGUGGGGUACCAAGGGCCGGGAACAACGACGAAAUACUGUUGGGCGAUGUCAUCAUCAGUGAGACAGUGGUUCAAUACGACUACGGCCGGCGAUACCCUGAUUCUUUCGCAACCAGAACGGCCACUGGUGAAGGAUUCAGUCGGCCAAAUACAGAUAUUCGAGGUUUGAUCGCUUUUCUCCGCUCGGAAGCCGGCUCAGGACACCUUCAGCAGAGGACUUCGUAUUUUCUACAGAUGCUUCAGCAACGAGCGUCGCAAAGGCGCCGCAGCAACUAUAACUACCCAGGAACUGCUUCUGACAAACUCUUCGCGCCGGAACACAGACAUAGACAUCAUGGUCCAUGUUCCUGUAUCUGCAGCCAAUGGAAGGCACUUUCGGAUCCCGUCUGCCAGGAGGCGCUCAGUAUUCCAUGUAGCCAAACUGGAUGUGAGGAUGCCAAUCUGGUGCCCCGGAAACGUCUUGAAAUGAGACACGAACUAGAAAAGCAAAAAGAGCGUAUAGAUAUCCAGGAACCACUUAUUUUUGUCGGCCGUAUUGCCUCAGGCGAUACUGUUAUGAAAUCUGGAAAAGACAGAGAUAGGAUUGCGAAAGAACAGAACGUCAUCGCAUUUGAAAUGGAGGGGGCUGGGUUCUGGGAAGAGCUGCCAUGUCUUGUUGUGAAGGGUGUCUGCGAUUAUGCGGAUAGUCACAAAGAUAAGUCGUGGCAAACUUUCGCUGCCGCAACGGCUGCUGCUACGAUGAAAGCUCUGAUUGAAAAAUAUAUUCGAACCGACAGAAAACUGACUCCUUCAACCCUUGCAAGCUCAGGAUUCGCAAGUGCACAAAGCUGGGAUACUACGUCCCCAAAGCUUGCGAACAGUUCAACUGUCUCUCAGAACGAACCGUGUUAG